AUGGCCAUCCUUCGACAGCCGUCCCUAAAGGGUUGGCAGCUCAGAUACUGGGCAUAUCUCACUGGCUUACCGACGACUGGAACCAAAGCUGAGCUCCAAUCGUCACUCACGGCCACCGUUCCACAGCAAAGACAGGGGAACACUCCUCGACGGCUUGUCAGCCUGGACAUGGGCAUUCGGAAUCUGGCAUACUGCGUUAUUGAGCCUCGUAUGCCCAAAGAGAAGCCAAAUCAGAUCUCGCUGGUUGUGCACUCCUGGAAACGCAUGGAUCUGCUCGAGACGGCUGCAGACAACUUCACUGAGGACAUUGCCGUGGAAACUUCUCAAGAACGAUCAAUUAAGCGUGUGAAAGCCAAGCUAGCUGCGCCAGUGACCAAAGACUCUUUCACCCCCGCAGUGCUGUCAAAAACAGCGUACAGGGUCACGAAAGAUCUGCUUAGCCACGAACCGGACACCCUUUUGAUUGAGCGUCAAAGAUUUCGUUCCGGCGGCGCUGCUGCCAUCCAAGAGUGGACUGUUCGUGUGAACAUGCUCGAAAGCAUGCUCUGGGCGUCCCUCGAAACGUUACGACAGGAAGGCAAGAUGACCGAUGCGUUUCCAACCGUCCUCGCAGUUAGUCCAGCGAGAGUGGCGCAAUUCUGGUCAUCCGCAGCAUCGAUGUCUUUGAAGCCGCCGACUCUAUUUGACGAGGACAAUGGCAAUGUGCAAACCAUGAUCACGCACGCCAUGUCUGAUCGCAGGAAGAUUGACAAGAAAGACAAGGUUGAUAUCGUCCGCUCUUGGGUAGCAGGGACAUCGGACCUCGAUCUGCGAUUCGAAGGAGAAGCGAUCAAGAUUGCAGAGGCUUUCAGGUUGGACCCACGUCAGAGUAAAGACGCUGUCGCGAUGGCAGGAGGCAAGCUGGACGACCUGGCCGACUGUUUACUGCAAGCUGUUACUUGGCUUAUAUGGGAAGAGAAUCGUGCCGUUCUUAACAAGUUGUGGCAGAAGACCGUCGACGAGAUCAAACCCAGCGAUCUGUCAGAGCACAAUGCCCAGACUGCUGUCCAUCCUUUCAGCCCCGAGUGGAUUGCAACUCGCAUCGCGUUCCCAGGCAUGACAGAGAAGCAGACAGCGGACUACUUGAAGUGA